UAUCAGUGUGAUAAGAUUUGAAUAAUUGCUGGAUAAAUUGUUUGCUUGUUUUAAAACGUGUCGCUUUACGGAUUUAGUGUAUACAACACUUUCCACACUGGUGGAAAUGAAGGUUCAUGGUGGAUUUUUGGUUUAAAGCAAAAACACCAAAAGCGAUUGUUUGGAAUAAGCACACCUGCACCUCCCCUAAUACACUACACUAUUAGUGCAUACACCAUUUUUUUUUAAACGAACAAACCUAUUAUAUUCAUAUAAUCGGUGGUAUUUUUUUUGCUUAUUCUUUUAUCCUUAACAAAUUUAAUUUAAUUAUUAUUUAUACCUGUUAUUUUAACGAUAAUUUAUUAUGAGUUCUGAUAAACUAUAUGAUUGUCUGACGAAUGGAAAUAUUUAUGAAGACGCUGCGCUCAAAAAUAAACUCUAUGCAUGGUUUAAAGAAAAAGGACUGAUUGCUAAUUUACGAGCACACAUUAGAGAGCAAAUGAUAACAUCGUUGCAGGAUCUGGAUUCUUGGAACACUAAAGAACAAAAUAUUACUUCUCCUAAAAUUCAAGCGUUUAACUUGAUGAUAGCAGAUUUUUUGAUUUACCAAGAAAAUUUAUUUACUUUAUCUAUUUUCAUGGCUGAAAUUCCAUUAUUAGGAAACUUAAAAGAGUUUUCAACUUACGUUAAUCGAAUGGGAGUAUCGUCAAAUUCUUCAUUACCUAAACCUAGGUUUCAAUUAUGUGAAGUACAAGAUAUAUUAGAAGCUUUGGGUGUACACACCAGUUCCGAUAUUUCAAAAAAAGUAUGCCAAAUAUAUUUUAGCAGUGACAAUACACUUCCAUUAAUUAUUAGUCUUUUCAAAGGUUUUUCCUCUAUGCAUAUUGAUCAAAAUAAACUGUAUGAAACUUUAAGUAAUAAAAGUUUGGAGAAAUGUAUUACAAUUACAAAUGAUAAUUGUGAACAUAAUUUUAAUAAGUGGUUAGUAAACAUAAAUGAGAUCCUAAGCUCAUUAAAUUUAAAUAAUCAACAGCUAAAUACAUUAAAAAAACUAUUAAAAAAGUACCAUCAAACCCACUAUACCAAACAAUUAUUUGUGUAUAAUGAAUAUUUAAAGCUUAAAAAUCAAAACAAAGAAAUUGUGGAUAAAGUAGCAGAAGUUGAAAAAAUGCUAACAUCGCAGCAUAGCAAUAUACUCUUUGAUAAAAAACAAAUAGAUUAUGUUACGCAACAACUUCGUACCGAACAACAACAUUUAUGUCAGUUAAUUGACAUUCUUGACGAAAAGGAAAAAAAAAUACAGUUAUCAGAAGCAGAUUAUCAUAAAAAAUCACAAGAUGUGGAAAAUCAAAAAUGUGAACUGAAGCUCAGAGAAAUGGAAAUUUUAAAACAAGAAAAAUUGAUAGAAGAAGGAAAUUUGCCAAAAAUUGUAGAAGAGCCAAAAUUAAUUGAAUUUAGUCAUGUUAAAAAUCUAGAGGCACAAAAUGUAUAUUUAACUAAAGAACUAGAAGAUAUCAAAAUUAAACUUAAUGAGCUUCAACAAUACAAAACAAGUGAAUGCAUAAAUAUAAAUGAAGAUAAAAAUAAUAUACUAAAUGUUGAAGCGUCAUUGGAGAAAGAAAUUGUUAGUAAAUUACAAAAAGAAAAUGAAGAGUUACGCGAAUUUAUUACAAUUCAACGAAAUAGAAUUGAAGAAUUGUCGUGUAGAGCUUCUAAUUUGGUAAAAAAAAUUGAAAAAACUCAACGAGUGUCUCCAACUUACAAAGAUUACCGUGUAAGGAAUGUAAAAAAAAAGCUUACUUUUGUUGAUAACCUAAAACCAAAAAAUCGUUCGAGCCAAAAAAAUUAUUCUACCACUACUACCACUGAUCACUCAACAACUUUGUUGGAGUCAGACAAUCAGACUGAAGAUGAAAUGAUACAAGAGGCAACGGCAAGGCUGAAAAGAAUAGAAGUAGAUAAGGCUAAAAUCAAACAAGACUUUGAAUCAUUCCAAUCUCAACGCCUACGGAGUAACAAUAAUCAAGGACAAAUUACAAAUAGAAAAUCGUACAACGAAAUACGUUCUUAUUUAUCAGAUGAUUCAGACUUUGGUAUUUUUAAAACUAAUAGAAAUAAAAUUAAUUUAAAAGAAUUAGCUAAUAGAAUUGGAUAUCACCGAUCGAUUAGACGAGCCAAUCAUUCUAUACCAAACGACGUUGAAACAAGUCCUAGGAUUUUUCGAAAUACAAGAACAAAGGGUUAUUCUAAUGAUAUAUCACCUAUCAAAAUUCCGCCAUCUUACAGAUCAUAUUACGAAUCAACCAAUUCUAAUAUUCAAUCACCUGUCAGUAGUUCUGAUAGAAAAGUAUCGCCGAUAGAUGAAUUGAAUGUAAAGAAUAAAUCUCAAUGUACAUCACCUACUUCUGAAAAAAUACUUUCUGAAUCAAAUUCAUUAAAAGAAAAGAAAUUGGAUUCGAAUGAAAUAGAAUUUAACAUAGAUGAUACAGCACAAACAGAUAUUGCAUCUAAGAAUCCAAGUAAUUUAUCAAAAACAAAUGAUACAAAAAUUCAUAACAAUGAAAAUAUAAUUGGUUUGUCUCCAAAACAAGAAAAUAUUCAACAGGACCAUUUAAACUUGAUAAAUUCAUCUUUUAGUAAAAAUAACCUGGAAAGUGAUAAUAUAUCACUUGGAAGCAAUAAAACUGACAAAUCUUCUGAUUUCUGGAAAUCUCCAUAAACAGUUUAUAUUUAUAUUUAUUAACAGUACAUUUAUAUUUAUUUUAUGAAACAAAUUUAAAUUUAUUAUAAAAUUUUUUUUUUUUUUUAUGAUUGAUUAUCUUUUUGACGUAACAUGUCUACAUAUGAAACAGAUAAUAAAUCAGAUUCUGUAAAUCCCAUAUGCGACAUAAGAUUCAUGGCAAUUGUUUGACCUUCCUCAACUGUUUGAUUUUCAUUCAGUACUACCUAAAUUACGACAUGAAAAAUAGUAUAGCAAUAUUAUGGGAGUAUAAUUUUAUUUUUAUAAUAAAUUAACACAUACCUCCAAUUCGACAAAGUUUCCUAACCCUUCAACACAGUCAAAGUGAACUCUAGUUUGACCAACCAUUAUCAAUGUUCUAUGUUUCUUUACAACGCCCCAAGUACCUAAAGCGUUUAAAAGUACAUUUUCUAAUUCUUCAGGAACGUUGCAUUUAUAAAAUGAACUUAGUUUCGGUCCAGGACAUUCUGUUCUGUCAUAAUAUAUGAGUUCUUGAGGGGAACCCUAAGUAUAGAAUAGAAUUUUAAUAAAAACAAACAUAAUAAUUCAUACAGGUUGUAUACAUUUAAUUUAAGAAAUGUUCGUAAAUUAUUAUUG